CCGCAUAAUUGGGGUCUGGAAGAUGGCUGAACCAAGCCCUUAUUAUGGGUGGCUGCUGCGAACACCGUCAGCCUCAAAGCCUUACUUUCACCAUUACCAAUGGCUCUGCAGUGGGAGGGCACAUCGUCGCGCAUCGUAGACGCAAAGGAGACAUCCAUCGCCCCGCGACCCACGAACACAAACCCUCUCAAGAACAAACUCAUCCAUGCAAACAUCCAGGUCUCAUCCAUAGAAGAUAUUACGGACCCUAAUGCGCAAUACUCGCUGAACGACGAUUCCAUCGAACCGAAUAGCCCAAGUGCCGACGAUGUGGUUUACAAACAGCGUGCUGCAGAGAUGCAGAUGUGGUGGGACGAGGCCAUCGCGAAGAACAUGAACUUACCAGAUGGAUACUCAAAAGUUUCAGUACUUCUGAUCAAGUGGACUUUCGACCUGGACGAAUUGCAGACAGAGAAGGAGGUCGAGGAGCUUGAUGAUGUAUUCCGAAAUGUCUACCACUUUGACACAGAGACGGUCGAACUGAACGUAAAGAGCAAACCGCAGCACCAAUUGAACCGUCACAUCAGCGAGUUCAUCGAGAACCACGACGGGCCGCACAACCUGCUGAUCGUAUACUAUACUGGGCAUGGCCAGUAUCGUGAGGACAGCAAGUUUUUGGAGCUUACAGCUAGCAUUAACCCUAUCAAGGGCAAGGGUCUUAGCAAAGACGCUCGCGCCAAUUGGAAUAAAGCAGAAGAGAAACUUCGCGCAGAUGAAGUCGAAGGCGACGUUCUAACCAUAUUAGAUACAUGCUACUCGAGCAACCUCGUGAAAUCUGGGAACCAAGAUACGAGGAAAUUCGAGUUACUCAGCGCUUGUGGUUUCGACCAAACCACGGCAGCACCUGGCAAUCUUUCGUUUACUCGAGCACUUAUUGAUGCCCUGAAGGAUCUGGCUAACGUGUACGUCGACCGACCUUUCUCAACCUUUCGUCUUAACCAGUGCAUCCUCCAAGACAAGCGCCGCCACGAUACACCUUCAGCACUUUGGUUUCGCCUAUCCAACGAGCAACACAUCCUACUGGCGCCUCUCAGGCCAGAGAAAGAACACGCUCGCCAGAAAGCAGGUCUCUUACACACACCCCGAGGAUUCCUGACGCUACGAUUUGCGCUGAGAGACGAAUCUCUGGACCGCGAGCAGAUCGAGUCGCUGACGAAAAACCUGUCGAAAGCAUUCAACACCAAGAGCUUGAAUGGGAAAGGUCUUAUUCGUUUGAGGAGGAUCGACUGGCUUGGCAUCAAGCCAGCUUCAAUCACACAUUUCGAGCGCGUUGCGCUGGUCAUGUUUGUCAUCACGCAGUGGAAGAAGGUCGUGCUUAAGAGGCGUGAGCAGAAGGGAACUCAGGAGGGUGUGGGCAUGGAGAUCAAGACUGCUAAGCCUCCGCCAACACGGAAACGCACACGCGAGGACGUGAGUGAUGAUACGAAUCCAAAACGGCAACUUCUUCGCAUCGACCAACCUCCAUCGCCGCCUGUUUCCACCUCGUCGCGUGUUCAUGACGAAGACUGAUCUUAGCGCGAAAAGUCAUAUGUUGUGCUUUACUUCGUUUCGUUUUUGGUUUUGAUUGAACUGUUAAGAUACCCGUGGCUGUACACACUCGAACGUUUCUGCAUAUCUAUGCGUUGGCUUUUUCUGUAACACGUGUACCCACUGGCCUUCUAAAUCCAUUUGUAGAACUUCACGGUAGUGAGACCCUAUCUAAGUAUUGUAAAGAUUUCUGUCC